GGAUCCUGAAGGACUAUGUUCUCAAUAUUAGGAACGAAAACUGAUGAUUGAGGGGCAUACCAAAGAACUCAUACAUGGUCCCUUAGUUGUGCAUGUGCUGGACAUCUUGUUCCAAUUCUACACUCUAAAUUUAGGUUCUCAUCUGAAUUGCCAAUUGAGUGGUGGCACUCCUGGGAUGAAUGUCGUUCUGUUUUGCGUAAGAGGAUCCUCUGAGCUGUCUGGGCACAUAGGAGGCGAAAAUGGCAUAGGCUUUGGUUGUUAAGUUAAACGUGCAGAUGGAAAAUUUAAUCUAGUUAACAAAUUUGUCCUAGAGUA